AUGAAAUUCAACGAGAAUAGUAAAAUGUCCAUAAAGAAAUUACUACUAAGAACAAAGAAUUAAAGGAUCUCUUUAGCUCCAAGUAUCAUGAACUUCUUAAUUGUGCUGAUCUACUCAAUGGCAUUAGUGAUUAUACUAAAUAGAUAAUGUACAUCAAUUCUAAUAUGUUACUAGAACUAUUACAAAUAAAACAUAAUAAAACAUGAUGCAAAUUAAUGAAUAGCAUUAAAAUAAUACCAAAUUAUAAUAACAAGAGGUUAAAUCUAAAUCCUUUUAAUAUUUUAUGAAAAAGGUUAAGUAAUCUAUAAAAAAAGGUUGUUCUUAUAAUUCACAAAUAGCAUUACUUUAUGCUUAAAAAAAAUAUUAAUUAAAUGAUUCAGAGUUAUUGUAUCCAAUCAUCUUAUUAGAAUAAAUAGAAUAAGAAUACAAUCUUAAUAAUGUUAUUGAUACACUUAUGACACAUUAAAAUAAUCUUAAUCAAUUCUUUAAUAAACUUAUUGAAUUUGGAAGUUUGAAUUGCGAUAAUUUCAAAGCUGUAAUUGCUAAAGUGGAUUAAAUACAUUCAUUUAACAAUUACAAUUAAUUGAUUCUUUUAAAAUCAAAUUUUACUCAAUUGACAAUUGAAUAAAUAUAUGAUAUUCUCAUUCAUAAUUAAAUACCUAUUUUUGAGAUAGAUUAAUAAUUAAUUGAAAAAUUCUAGUAAAAUGUAUUAACUUAUACAAAAACUAUUUAAAAUUAAAUGCUAGAAAAAUUAACAUAAAAUAUUAUUUUAUCAGGUACAUUUAAUCAUGAACUUUUUUAAUCAAUUUAGUAAGAAUAAUAAUUAAUUCCUCAAGAAUUGAAAAAUAAGACUAUUAUUAUUUGGAAGGAUUGGUUUGAUGAAUAAUUGAAUAAUAGUUUUUAAUAAUUAUUUGAGCUAAUUUAAAAGAAAUAAAUUUAUAAAGAGAAUGAAUUUUCAGAAAUUUAUUUAGUUUACUAAAACAAAAUAAAAGAAUUAAGAAAUAUUAUUGAGAUAUUUGAGAGAUUGCCACAUUAAGAAAUCGAUUAUAAGUAUUAAGAAUGUGUGGAGAAUAUUUAAAAGAUGGUUAAAGAUUAUUCAUAAAUAUUAAACAAUAUAUUUUAAUAGAAUAAAGAUUAAUUUUUGGUUUGUUAUUAUUACAAUGUUUUAAUAUAUUAUUGGAAUGGAUAAUUGGAGAAAUAUGAAUUGGAUUUAUAUUGUGAGUAGAAUAAUGAAUGGGAUUUAAAGGAAAUAGAUUAAUUGUUAUUUUCAAUAUAUGAAUAAUAAAAUAAGGAGAUGAAGAGAGAGACAAUAUCAUAAAUAAUAAAAUUGAUGUUAUAAAAGGUUGAUAUUUAAUUUUCAAUUGAGUAUAGAAAUUUGGCAACAGUAAUUCAUCCAGAGAAGGCUUAGGAAUAUUAUCAAAAUCUAUUUAAAAAAGGCAAAUUUAAUAAUAAGUAAUUAAAGAGGACAUAAUUAAAUAUAGAAGGUAUAGAUUAAUAAUUGGAAUAACAUUUUCAUUAUUAUACAAUAAUUUAACAAUAGAAGUAGAGCACAAAAGAUUAAAUAAAUGCAUGGACUUAGAAAGCAUAAGAAGUUUAAUAGAAAUAAUAAUAAGAGACAUAGUAAUAGACAAGAUUUGGUUUGAAUAUGUUUUGGAAGAAAUAAUGA